CAGCCGAGCUCUGUCUCACGACAGCGUCUUCUUCUUCUUCGCAGACACUUCUCCUGGUGGCAACCAGGACAGCGUCUACACUGGCUCGAGGACCACGGAGGGCGCCGCCCCCCCCCGCAGCGCCGGCUCUGGCCCACCUCCUGCUGGACAGCAGCGCCGCGCGCCACAAGAUGGCCGUGCGGCCGCGCAACCAGAGGGCGUCCUCCAAGCACCGCGCGGCUGCACGGAAUUUGCCCAAGAGCUCCGAUCGAGGCUUCAGCGAGAUGGAGGAUGAGGAGGUGUUCCAGCUGGUCAGCACUCCUGUGAUGAGACCCACGGAUUCCAAGGCCACGUCGGCAGCCUCCACCCAGAGAGUUGGCCGGGGUCUGUCAGCGACAUCCCUGUCCACCGCCACGGCACCGCUGGACGUGGGCGGGGAAGCGGCGGCCGCGUCGCUUGCGUUGAGCCACACGCCUUCGGACAAACCCGCCGCGCAGUUUCGCUCCACUCGGCUGGGGAUCCAACCUUCGCUACCGCCCUCUGCAGCCGCGGCCCCCGUUGCUGCCUCCUCGGGACCCUCCAACCUGCGAGAAACCAAAGAGGCGUCGGCGGCAGAAACAGCUGUGGCGGUGGUUUACGACGAGGUGAAGCUGGUGCCAGUGUCCCAUGUGGACGUACCGCACACGGCCAUCUUGGUGACGGACUCGCAGCUGAGGAGCGAGAGGGAGGCGGCGGAGGCCUCUGUUCGGCAACAGGAGGAGAGGAGAGGGCGCAGCGGUGGUGGUGGCAGCGGUGGUGGUGGUCAUGGAGGUGGUGGUCAUGGAGGCGGUGGUGGUCAUAUUAGUGAUGUUGGAGGUGGUGGCAGUGCUGGUGGUGCUGGCGGUGGUGGUGGUGGUCACGGAGAUGGUGGUCAUAGUGGUGGUGGUGCUGGCGAUGGCGGCAACGGUGAGGUGAGACGAGGUUUCGGCAAAGAACAGGAGGCGAGGAGAGUGAAACUGUCGACUCCGGGAGGAGACAUUGUUCCCAACGGCCGCCGCCCCCCCGCCGCCGCCAUCGCCGCCGCUCCAAGCGCACGCACGCCGAGGAGCGCGAGGCGGCAGGAGCACGAGACGACGACGAUGAGGAGGAGCGACGCUGUGGUGACGCUCACGGGCAGCGGCCACACCAUCGUCACGACGCCCGGGGGCCUCACCGUGAUCCCCACGGGCCGCGCCGCCGCCGCCAUCGUUAAGAGCAGCAGCGAGGAGAACCUCCACAGGGGCCUCCGUUUCUCCCUGGCGGCCACGCCGCCGGCCGACUCCCCGACCGUACGGCACCCUCCGCUGCGCAAAGCCACCUCGGUGGGCGCCAAGUUCUCGGUCGCGUCGGCCUGGGACCGAUCGUGGAGUUUGGAUUUCGGAGAGUCGCCGUUGGCGGGCAGCGACAAAUCGCCGCCCUCGGGCACGGAGGCGGCUCCCGGAGGAUCGCGGCUGUCGGCUGGCGCCGGUGGGGUGCCGUCCUCGGGCGCGGAUGUCGGCGAGGCGCGGGCGGCUAACGACAAGUCAACGGCCUCGGAUCCGCGCGUGGCUACCGUUGAGUCUCCGUCACCGAGUGGCGUUUGGUCAUCGUUCUCAGAUUUUGAAGCCGACGCUGGAAAUUCGCCAUCGUCGUGGGCGCCCGCGGGGAAGCCCGAGGCGGUGGCGCCGACAGCGGUCGGCGCUCGAACGCCACGUGCCGGCAAGGACAAGCGCGCCACCUGGCCCAAAUCGGACGCCAGCUUUGCCGCGGCCGUCGGGAGCAUCGGGCGGCAGGAGUCGGGGAAGACGAGGGCGGGGGAAUCUCAGUCGACGGUGGGAGAGAGGCAGAAGCGCCGGUGCGAGUUUGGGAACGUGCGAAUUGUCGAGUUUGGGGGGACGGAGGGCGACGCGAACGGCGGACGGACAACGACGACUUCCGUUGCCUUCGCCAAGCCGGGCGACGACGAUGACGAGGAGGAGGAGGAGGCAGCGGUGGUUGUGACGGCCGGAACAGCGGGAGAGGGGGCGUCACCGUUCGGUGUGCGCCUGCGCCGCACGUCCUACUCGCUCAAGUUCAAUCAGGACCGCGUGGCGGAGGAGAGGAGGGUGCGCAAGCGGCACAGCACCGGCGGCGAGCAGCUCAGCGUGGCGGUGGUGGCGAAGGACUGCACGGAGGCCGCUCGGAAGGGCGGACCGCGGGUGGUGGGAAAUUCGCCAACCGCGAGGACGCCGGGGAAAUCCGUGGUGCCCUCGGCCGGACGCGAUGGGGUCCCGCUCACCGACAAGACCAGAGCGGCCAGGGGCGUGGCCGGGGGCGUGGUCGGGGGCGUGGCCGGGGGCGUAGCCAGAGCCGGGCUCGGCACCGUGGACAGGUCCCCGAAGGCCGGCGCGCUUCCCGCCCGCGAGGCCAUGACCCUGUCAUCGCCGUCACCACUGUCACCGUCGUCACCGCCGCCACCGGAGCAGGAGGAGGAACGGGGAGUACAGCCCUUGGCGGCUUUGGUGGUGGCAAAGGCGAAGGUCGCCUCGCCGGAUUUUUCAGCGAUCGCUGAGAAAGCCGUGGGGGGCGCGGCGAGGCGGGGCGAGGGGAGGGGGGCGCGAGGGGGGCCCGCAGAAAGUGUGGCGGCGGCGGCGGGCGGCGGCGAGCACAAGUUGGACUCCCGCACGGGGAGCGCCGCUGCGGUUCCCGCUCCGGACCCCGCUGCCGCCGCUCCGUCCACGCCCCUCCACACCCCUGCGCAGGAACCCACGUGGAUCACGCUCGCCCGGCGCAAACAGCGCGGCUUCGCCGAGCAACGCGACCAACAGCAGCCUCAGCAACAGCAGCAGCAGAAUCAGCAGCAGCAGCAGCGGCAACAGCAGCAGCAAAAUCAGCAACAGCAGCGGCAACAGCAGCAGCGGCAUCAACAACAGCAGCGGCAGAAUCAGCAACUGCAGCAGCAGAAUCAGCAGCUGCAGCGGCAACAGAAUCAGCAGCAGAAUCAGCAGCUGCAGCGGCAACAACAGCAACAGCAGCAUCAGCAACAGCAGCAGCGGCAGCGAAGGGUAGGGCAAGAGCCGAUGUCGGCGGCCGAUGGAGGAGUGGAGUGGCGCCGAGCGCCGCCCGCUCAUGCCUUCCUCGGCUCCCAGUCGAGGCAGAGCGGGGCAGGAGCAGCUCGCGGCGGUGGCCACCGGCGGCCGGCGGCGCCCUCCGGCACAGAGCGGUCGCCAGCGCCCAACGUUGCUGCUUCCGCUUCUCCUGCGGCACUAGCGGUGGUCGCCAGCGCCGCUAGCGCCGAGCCCACGUGGCUGGCGCUUGCCAAGAAGAAAGCUCAGGCCUGGAGCGACAGGCCUCAAGUGCUGACCUGAGUGGCUGACUUUACGAUCACGAGUGUUUGUUUUUUUUUUGUAGUU